AUGAACAUCCCACCAUCGACGAUUCACGGGGACAUUGAGGUGGAGAAAGCAGACCUUCCUAGUGCGGAACGGGACAUUGCGCUGGAGAAACUUCAUCGCUUGUUGAAUAAAUACGUCACAGAGAAAGAUAUUGCCCAGAAGUUGAGGAAGCGCAUGGAGAAGACGGUUGGAGGCAACUGGAGCGCCAUUGUCGGUGAUUCCUUUGGCUGCCAACUGAGCCACAUUGAACACGGUUUUCUGCAGGCCCGUGUGGGAAAGAAGGAGGUUAUUGUCUAUCGUGCUGCAUAA